AUGGGGGACCUGCCGGGGCGUCUGGCCCUGCUCGGGGCACUGGUGCUGUCGGGCGGGCUCUGUGUGAACCAGGAGGAGCGGCUCAUCCACCACCUCUUUGAGGAGAAGGGCUAUGACAAGGAGGUGCGCCCCGUCGUCUCCACCGACCAGGUUGUGGACGUCUACCUGGCCCUCACUCUCUCCAACCUCAUCUCACUGAAAGAGGUGGACGAGACGCUCACUACAAACGUGUGGCUUGAGCACGGCUGGACCGAUUACCGCCUGCAGUGGAACAAGUCCGAGUUUGGGGACAUUGAGGUGCUCCGCCUGCCGCCAAACCUGCUGUGGCUGACACACAAAUGGCUGCCCCCCGCCAUGUCCCGCAGCACCUGCCCCAUCAACGUCGACUUCUUCCCCUUCGACUGGCAGAACUGCACCCUCAAAUUCAGGUGUCAGGGGGCUAGCCAGGGCAGGGGCAGGAAGAACGGGGAAUGGGAGAUCAUCCACCGCCCGGCCCGCAAGAACAUCCACCCUGACAACCCCCCCGAGAGCAGCGAGCAUCAGGACAUCACCUUCUACCUCAUCAUCAAGCGCAAGCCGCUCUUCUACAUCAUCAACAUCGUCACGCCCUGCAUCCUCAUCGCCUUCAUGGCCAUCCUCGUCUUCUACCUGCCCGCCGACAGCGGUGAGAAGAUGACCCUGGUGAUCUCAGUGCUCCUGGCCCAGUCUGUCUUCCUCCUGCUCAUCUCCCAGCGCCUGCCCGCCACCUCCCACGCCAUCCCCCUCAUCGGCAAGUACCUACUUUUCAUCAUGCUGCUGGUGACGGCCGUGGUGGUGAUCUGCGUGGUGAUCUGCGUCGUGGUCCUCAACUUCCAUUUCCGCACCCCCAGCACCCACAUCAUGUCCGACUGGGUCAAAGAG